ACUGAUACAGACAAGGGUUGAAGGGUUUUAGGCUUUUAGCCUUCUGGGUUCUUAGAAGUUGCAAAGCUUUAUAAUCAGUCAAUAACUGUACAACCUAUUUCUCUAUUCCUCUUGUUCAUGCUCUCAUCCUUCGUGGGUUCUUCCCAUGCUCUGCUUCAGACCAGGAGAAGAAGGUCUGAGAACAGGAAUAAACCCUCGACCAACAUUUUUUCACGGAACUUCCACCACUGACCAAGACGGCUUCUUGUAGCGGUAGUAGUAGUAAGCUGGGGAGAGUUGCAGAGGUUAUGGCAAUAGGGGUUGCCACUCAGAGUGGCCCUGUCAAGCCCUGCUUCCCUCCUCCUAUAUGGUUCUCUUCGUCUUGCCGGCGCCGCCCAACUACGGUCGCUUCUUUUCUUACCGGAUUUUCGAAGUCCAGUAAAGCCUCCCACAGUGUUUUGACUGGCUGGCGAGAACCACAAAAUCUUGUUAACAGUCCUCGUUGCAGUGUUGUUGUCUUUAGUAGUUUUCUUCAAUUUAAACGAGGUUUAAGGUAUUAUACUGGGCCAUCCACGAAAAAAGAUGAUGUGGAUAUAUUUGAUGAAGGAAAACCUCAAUGGAUUCUUCAAGUGGACAUGGAUAAAAGCAAGGCUUCUGGUUCUUCAGCUUCGAUGUUAGCUCAUUACCCUAGUAGGAUCAAUUUCAGAGGAGAAAAAUUGUCAGGGAGAUUAGUUAACAGGACAAGUGUAGAGGAACAAAAGAAGCAGACUCCGAUACACCUUCAUGAAUGUCUAGCCCGGGAGGUGGAAUUGAAUAAAAUUUCUAGCUCCAGCAGCUGCAGUGCUCUGUUGCCAAGCACCAAUGAGUGCAGGUCUCCAUGGGUCAUGGAAGCGGAAAGAGCGAAAGCAAAUAUAUCGGAAACUCGUCAAAAUAUUAAGAACUGGAAGGUGAAGCUGGAGCCUGAGAUCCCAACAGACCAAAGUGGUUUAAGAGAUGAGAAGGUUGAGCUUGAGGAGUCAAAUGAUGGGGUUCCUCAUGAUAAGUUGGAGUUGUCAAGAGGUCCCUGUAGUUCAGGAGUAAACAAUAUUAAUGACAAAGGGGAUUUCCAUGUCUCAUUCAACCAAGGGUCUUUCUCAUAUAACAUGCAAGCUCAUGCACCCCUGCCAAGAUCUAGUAAUUCUGGAGAACCCCGUUUGAUAAAUGGCAUAGGCAAGUCAACUUUGAGGUUCCAUUUGAUUGAUGAGGAGUGUGAUUCACAUCUGGCAGCUUCAAAUGAACCAGUUCAUAACAACAUUGUGACAGAGAAUCAAGACAAUCCCACACUUAAUCACUUGAGACAAGUUGGUUUAUCCUUGGCACAAAUUUCAAGCAAUGGUAAAAUGAAUGGUUCAUUUUCAUCCCAACUUUUGGAUUAUAGUAAAGGUAGAACCUUUACUGGAGCUAGACCCAGUGAAGGAACUGAAAGGGACUUAUCCAGUGGAGAAUCUUCUUCUGUUGCUGAUAAAUCAAUCAAAACUUCUGUUGAGGCAAAAAAUCUCAGUAAAGAGGAUGGCAUUCAUUCACUUGAGCACCGAAAGAAGCUUGAAUGCAUUUAUGAUAAAGUUAUUGUGGUUGACAAUAUUUCAGUUGCAAGAGAUAUUGUGAGAAAGCUUACAACACAGUACAAGGAUCUUGUAUAUGCAUGUGACACAGAGGUAGCUAAGAUUGAUGUAAAGCAGGAAACUCCUGUUGAUCAUGGAGAAGUUAUAUGUUUCAGUAUUUAUUCUGGACCAACUGUUGAUUUUGGAAAUGGGAAGUCUUGUAUCUGGGUAGAUGUUCUUGAUGGUGGUGGUAGGGAUAUUCUGAAAGAAUUUGCUCCAUUCUUUGAGGACCCUUCCAUUAGAAAGGUUUGGCACAACUAUAGCUUUGAUAGUCAUGUGUUAGAGAACUACGGGCUUAAGCUUUCGGGCUUCCAUGCUGAUACAAUGCAUAUGGCACGGCUUUGGGAUUCUUCAAGGCGAAAGGAAGGCGGGUAUUCUCUUGAAGCACUCACACGUGACCCAAAGAUUGUGUCUAAUGCUCAAAAAUGCAGUGAGGGAGAAUUGAUCGGUAAGAUAUCAAUGAAGACAAUGUUUGGGAAGAAAAAGGUAAAGAAAGAUGGAUCUGAAGGCAAGCUUAUCACUAUUCCUCCUGUUGAGGAGCUUCAAAGGAAAGAAAGGGUACAUUGGAUUUGCUACUCUGCUUUAGAUUCAAUAAGCACACUAAAGCUUUUUGAGAGUUUGCAAGAAAAGCUAAAAAAGGAAGAAUGGAAUUUUGACGGGAUUCGUAGAGAAACAAUGUACGACUUUUAUGUGGAGUAUUGGCGUCCAUUUGGUGAGAUUUUGGUUCAAAUGGAGACUGAGGGAAUGCUGGUUGAUAGGGCAUACCUUGCAGAGAUGGAGAAGUUGGCCACUGUAGAAAAAGAAAUUGCUGCGGAUAGAUUUCGAAAGUGGGCUUCUAGGUAUUGUCCUGAUGCUAUAUACAUGAACGUUGGAAGUGAUACACAGCUACGGCAGCUUUUCUUUGGUGGCAUAAUUAACAGCAAGGACCCUAAUGAAAGCCUUCCAGUAUCAAAGACUUUUAAAGUGCUUAAUGUUGAUAAUGUGAUUGAAGAGGGGAAGAAGGUGGCAACAAAAUAUCGUAAUAUUACACUGCAUAACCUUUGUGAUGAAAUGCAUACUGAGAUGUAUACAGCUACAGGUUGGCCUUCUGUAAGCAGAGAUGCUCUGAAGGUCCUUGCUGGAAGGGUCUCCGCUGAAUAUGAUUUGAUUGAUGAUGUGUAUGAAUCCCAGCCUGAAGGAGAUGAUGAAUUUCCUCCAGAACAGGUGUUCAAUGAAGUUGAGAAAAAGAAAGUUACCUCUGCUAGUGAAGAGAGCGUAGAUAUAUCUAUUUAUGGAACGGCUUAUGCUGCAUUUGGAGAGGGCAAGGAGGGGAGGGAGGCUUGCCACGCUGUUGCUGCUCUAUGUGAAGUCUGCUCUAUUGACUCUUUGAUAUCCAACUUCAUUCUCCCCUUGCAGGGCUAUCACAUAUCAGGCAAGGAUGGCUGUGUCCAUUGUUCUUUAAAUAUCAACACGGAGACUGGUCGUUUAUCAGCCAGGAGACCAAAUUUGCAGAAUCAGCCUGCUUUGGAGAAGGACCGGUACAAAAUACGACAGGCAUUCAUAGCUGCACCUGGAAACUCUCUAGUAGUUGCCGAUUAUGGGCAGCUGGAACUUAGGAUUCUGGCGCAUCUUGCAAACUGUAAAAGCAUGUUGGAUGCCUUCAAGGCCGGUGGUGAUUUUCAUUCAAGGACAGCAAUGAAUAUGUACCCACAUAUUCAAGAAGCAGUAGAACAAAAUAGAGUUUUGCUGGAAUGGCACCCUCAGCCUGGUGAAGAGAAACCCCCAGUUCCCCUAUUGAAGGAUGCCUAUGCUUCUGAAAGAAGGAAAGCCAAAAUGCUCAAUUUUUCCAUUGCAUAUGGGAAAACUCCGGUUGGGCUUUCCCGAGAUUGGAAGGUUUCAGUUAAGGAAGCAAAGAAAACUGUAGAUCUCUGGUACAAAGAGAGGAAAGAAGUUUUGAUAUGGCAAGAAGACCGCAAAAAAGAAGCUGAGACCAUGCAGCGUGUACACACAUUGCUGGGACGCGCUCGCCGUUUCCCUGAUAUGGCCCAUGCUAGUAAUUUUCAACGAGGUCACAUUGAGAGAGCAGCUAUUAAUACCCCUGUGCAGGGUAGUGCUGCUGAUGUUGCCAUGUGUGCCAUGCUAGAAAUAUCAAGGAAUGCACGCUUGAAGGAGCUUGGGUGGAGACUGCUUUUGCAGGUUCACGAUGAAGUGAUACUGGAGGGACCAACUGAAUCAGCAGAGGUUGCCAAGGCCAUAGUUGUUGAAUGCAUGUCCAAACCCUUUUAUGGCACCAAUAUUCUCAAAGUUGACUUGUCUGUUGAUGCCAAGUGUGCACAGAACUGGUAUGCAGCCAAGUAAACAGAGGCUGUCUGUUAUGGAUUUAGUUCAAGGACCAGUAAUUAGUUCAUUCAGGACUCAGUGGAUUGAAUUGGCAUCACCGACACAGGCCGAAAUCGUCAAUGUUGAGCUACGAUUUUUUGUCCGAUGUAGCUAAGUUGUGCCAGGACAAUGGUAGUUCAAGCCCACAUCACCUAGACGGAGCCAGUGGGGUUUAAUUGCUGUUUUAGUGGCAUUAUGUUGUUCCCCCUCCUGGGGUGGGGUUGGGGAGGAGGGGUGAAGAUGCAGAGAGGGAAAGGGCAAUGCCUUGUAUAUAUAUGUUUCCAAUAGGAGGGCUGAGCCCUUUUGUAUCUGUAUGACUAGCUGUGGUUCUUGCAUUCAUAUUUUCUGAUAUAGUGAGCAUUUUUCUUCUAAACAAA